AUGACUUUGGGCAAGGAUCGAGGGGAAACCAGAUGCCAACCGUUGUGCAAAAAAGCUGGUUUGUCAACUUGUACCAGGCUGCAGACCGCACUUGGUACUCCGUUCUCCGUUCUCCGUUCUCGCCAAUUAGCUACUCAACUCUACCAAGAUAAUAUCGCACACUACAAACACUGUACUGUACCUUGCUUUACUGUCUGGUGCCUCCCCCGAGUCAGAACAACCGAUCUCGCCAGUCUAAAGUUUUUGGGGCUUUCCCGCUCUGGCCCCUCCCUCUUUCAUCAACCAGGUGCCACAAAUGUCUUGUUGUCUCGUCUUGUUUCCUCGUCCAUUUCGGCGCUUUGCCUUGACCGUGUCGGGCCAAUGCCUUAG